AUGGACCGCGGAAACACAGGCGACACAGUGGAGCACAGCCAUCAGGCCCCUUGCACUCGAGAAAAGGAGACUGCAGCCACUGCAAGCACCGAUGGAAGCAACCGGCCUCAGGUCUCCGGUAGGCCGAAGAGAAAGCUGAUCCCCGAACCGGCUCUCGCAUCAUCAUUAACAGGAGACGGGAUUGAGGGCCCGCCUGAGAGGAAGAGCCGCAAUGUGAAAAGAGUGAGAAAGGCAGCGGAAAGAGACAAACCGUUAGCCGGGGGCGCCGCAUCGCCGGCGUCCAAAGAGUACCUUGCGGAGGGAUCCGAGCAUACCUAUCGCACCCACACCUGCCCAAAGUGUCGCCGCUGCUUCAAGAUGCGCUCCCACCUGCAGGAGCACCUCCAUUUACAUUUCCCCGACCCCGGCCUCCAGUGUCCCAACUGCAAGCGCUACUUCACCAGCAAGAGCAAGCUGCGCAUACAUCGUCUCCGCGAGGCCGGUGACAAGGUCCACCGCUGCCACUUGUGUGAAUACUCUGCCGUGGAGCGCAACGCCAUCCGCCGCCACCUCGCCGGCGUGCACGCCGACGAGGUGGCGGACGGCACGACGGGUCGCAGCUAUCCCUGCCCCACCUGCGGUCAAAGCUUUCGCCAGAGCGGGUCGCUGAAGGCCCACAUGAAGACGCACAACGUCCUGUCGGGCAGCGAGCCCGCGGCCUGCUUCCGGGAGGGGUGCUCCUUCAAGAGCGCUUUGCGCAAAGAACUUCUUCGGCACGCGGCCGAGGUGCACGGGGUCGAGGCCGCGGAGUGUCGUCACCACGCCUGCGGCGCCGUCUUCCAAAGCGAGAUGGACAUGGAGGCUCACCAUCGGACGCACCUCGCCUACCACUGCUCCCAGUGUGAUUUCUCUUGUUCCAAUAAGACCGUCUUCCUCCGGCACCAGCGGCACGGGCACCCGGGAAACGACGAGCUCCGCUGUGACUUUUGCCCCUUCGUCACGUUCAACCCCGUAGAGUUCGAGCAGCACAUCGGUCAUCUGCACGCCAACGAGAAGAUCCAUCGCUGCCCUCAGUGCAGCUACGUGACCUCGCACAAACGGGGCUUGAAGCGCCACCAGCUGAUGCACAGCGGUGAGAAGCCCCACAAGUGUAGCAUGUGUGACUUCAGAUGCCGGGAUGAGUCGUACCUCUCGAAGCAUAUGCUCACUCACUCAGACGACAAGAACUUCAUGUGCGCUGAAUGUGGAUACGUCACUAAAUGGAAGCACUAUCUGAAUGUCCACAUGAGGAAACAUGCUGGAGACCUCAGGUACCGGUGUGACCAGUGCCCCUACCGCUGCCACCGCAUGGACCAGCUAAACAGCCACAAGUUACGGCAUCAGGCCAAAUCCCUCAUGUGCGAGAUCUGCGCGUAUGCCUGCAAGCGGAAAUACGAGCUCCGCAAUCACAUGUUGGCCAAACACUGUGGCGAGGAGAAACCGCCGUCUGUCUUUAAGUGCAAAUACUGCACAUACACCACCUGCUACAGACAAGCCCUGCAAAACCACGAGAACUGCAAACACACCAAGCAGAAAGAGUUCCGCUGUGCCCUCUGCUUCUAUUCCUCCUUCAGCAGCAUCAGCCUCUUUCUCCACAAGAGGAAAGCUCACGGCUAUGUACCCGGGGACAAAGCGUGGCUAGAGAACUACGCCGCGAAGGAGAAGGAGAGGAACUCGACCGAGUUCUUGCAGGAUUUUUACGAAAAGCCCCCGGUAGGUCGCGAGCCGCCUGAACCGUCCACUUCUGAAGGACCCCCACCUUCUCAGAGAGAACUAUGUGAUCUUCCUGGCUCGGCAGAUCACGGUGCCGGCGAAGGUCCACGAACUGUGGAUCCUGUGGCUACUUUUGAUAUUGUUAACGAAGGUGUUUCUGACAGUCCUCCAUCUGCGAACAGUCCCGAGGAGUACUGUACUCUCGUCUUAACGACGCUAUCGACCACAGACUAUCAGACCUCCUCUCUGCAAAGUCCGGGAGAAGCCUGCACCGAUCAAGCUCCAAGCACAGACGAUUUAAAUCGUAAUGGCUUUGACAUCUCACAAGAGAAGGCAGGCUCAUCUCCCUCUUCAUCAGAGGAAGACCACGUAGCUGUGGUGGAUGCAGAGUGUGAACAAAGUGACUUGGAUAACAGCAUUGUGCCUCCGCAUGAUACAAGUCAACCAGUUGUACCGAGGGAGUGUCGAACAUCUGCGGUGGAGAAGGACGGUGGAUCAAUCGGCUCCACUUCUCCGCCCAAGGAGAACAAGCCUUUGGAAUCUGAGAUCCGUCUGAAAGCGAUGAAGAAGCACGACAAGGACCAAGCAGACGCCAUGGUUUUGGAGGGAAGGGUGCAGAUGCUCGUGGUGCCAACCAAAGACGUUCACCGAUGCGACAAGUGCUCUUAUGUAACCGCCAAAGAGACCGUAUUGAAGUACCACCGCCGGGCUUUGUGCCGCGGCAGAACAACGGGAUACGAGUGCCAGGAUUGUGGCGCGCAAUUCAAACAGAGGCGGGGCCUCGAUAGCCACCUCGCAAAGAAGUGCCCGGCGCUCCCACGAAAAACCAGGGCAUUCGUAGGCAUUUCAAACGCGGCAGAAGGCAACUCUACCGGAGGCCGGGGAGGAUCCGAACAAGUUGACGAGGGAGCAAACGCCCAUCGGACAGAACUUCUUAAUCGGAGUUCCACGGGUUCAAACGAUCCGGAAGAGCGUCCGAGCAAAGUUCUGACGAAGAAGCUUUUGAAAGUUAAACUUGCAAAGGAGGAGGUGUUUUCCAACGGCAAGCAGGAGGCCCUUUGCGCUAAGAUGGACGGGAAAUUCAAAUGCAAGCUGUGCAAUUUCUCAUCGGUCAGGCUCACGACAGUCGAGCGACACCUCUCGCACUGCAGAAAGACCUUGAGGAAAAGAGAGAAUCGGAUCGCUCCAGAAGUGGAGGACGAGGACUUGGUGGACGAGCACGGUGACGCAACGGGGAGAACUUCAGAGAAACGUCGAGUCUUCUCUUGUCCAAGCUGUGCAUUUAAGUGCAGUCAGAAAAGGGCGUUAGACCGUCAUGAAAAGAGAGGCUGCUUGAAGCCAGACGAGGUCCAAUGCACCAUGUGUUCACUCGUCGCCAAGUCUCAAACUUCUCUGACCCGUCACGUCGUGUGUGUCCACAACAAAAGAAAAGUCGCUCUUGCUAAUAAAAGUUUGCGUUGCCAGCUCUGCGCCUUCACCUGCAAACAGGACCGACGCCUGGCUCUACACGUCGCGCUCCAACACAAAGGCGCGCGGCCUCACCGUUGUCGCUAUUGCGCCUUCAGCACCGCCAGGCGCUAUCGCCUGGAGGAGCACGAGUCCCUCCACACGGGCAUCGGCCGCCACGGCUGCGACGCGUGCGACAAGACCUUUGGUGCCGCGACCAAACUGCGGCAGCACAAGACGCGCGCCCACGGCAAGCGGCCGACGCACUUCUGCUCGCGCUGCGACUUCGCCGGCUACGCGCUCGACGACGUGCGGCGGCACCAUCUCCGGUGCCACGCGGGGGAGCUGCGCCACCCUUGCGCUCGCUGCGACGCGGCGUUCAGUUCGGAGGUCGCGCUGAGAAACCACUGCAGGCGCGCGCACCGGCUCCAGGUGCGUUUCUCGUGCAAGCAGUGCGACUACUCGUGUGGCGGCGAGGUCUCGCUGAAGACCCACCAGGAGAAGGAGCACCCUCAGGUCAAGUGCAACACCUGCCAGGAGUCUUUUAAGACCAAGGAGGGCCUCGAGAGCCAUCGGAGAACCCACCUGGCGCAUCUAUGUCAGCUGUGCCCCUUCGGGACCAAGACGAGGCAGCUUUUAGCUCAGCACCUUCUGAGCGACCACGAGGGGGGCUCUGUGGAGGACAAGCCCUUCAAGUGCAGCUGCUGUCCGUUUGCUUGUCGCCAUCAGCUGGUGUUGGAGCAGCACUUCCGCUCGCACGGGGGCAAGCGCCUGUACAAAUGCACGGACUGCGAGUAUUCGACCCCAAACAAGCAGAAGAUCACGUGGCACAUUCGCAUCCACACCGGAGAGAAGCCUUACAGCUGUGAGCAGUGCAGCUACGCCUGCACGGAUCCGUCGAGGUUGAAGCUUCACAUGAGGGUUCACCAAGAAGAAAAGAAGUACCUUUGUCCAGACUGCGGCUACAAAUGCAAGUGGGCGACUCAGCUGAAGUACCACAUGACCAAGCACACAGGGGACAAGCCAUACGCCUGCGACCAGUGCGAGUACCGCACCAACCGAGCGGACGCCCUGCGCGCCCACCGCGACACGCAGCACUGCGACCUGCGGCCUUACGUCUGCGAGAAGUGCGGCAAGGCCUUCAAGACCACUUUCAUCCUGAAGACCCACCAGCGGCAGCACAGCGACGACCGGCCGUACCUGUGCGGCCUGUGCCGCAAGGCCUUCAGGUGGCCCGCGGGCCUCAGGCACCACUACCUCUCGCACACCAAGCAGAGACCUUUCCGCUGUCGCCACUGCGCCUACAGGGCCAAGCAGAAGUUCCAGGUGGUCAAGCAUUUGCGCCGGCACCACCCGGAGGUGUCGGCGGAGCAAGGGGUGGCGAAGGACUCUGACGCUGUCGGCCUGACCCUGAAGGAGGCGUUGGAGGGGACGCUUGAUGAGAGAGCGGAGGAGGAGGAGGAGGAGGAGGAGGAGGAGGGGAUGGCCGACGAAGCACAGGCAGUAAAUGAGGAGGUUGUGCAAAGAGAGGAAGACCGUGCACGAUAGAUGCAGUGGCCGAUUCGGAUUGUAGAUGGACGAUUGUUGCCAAAAGGAACUGUGAAAUAACUUGUUAAUGUAUAACUGAACCACUUGUGGAUUGAAAAGGAAGGAAAACCACGUUUUAUUCUAAGUCCUUUUCGAUAUUGGUUGUGAUUAAGAAACCUUUGUGUGAAUAAAUGAGCCUCCGUGAGUCGAA